AUGGAGUCCGAAGAACUCGCUAGGAUUAUUCAAGAAGGAAUUACGGCGGGCCUACUUCAGGCCAACAAAGGGUCAACAAGAUUCAGUCCCAACACUCCUUUCACUCUCGAGAUAUUGACAUUCCCCUUGCCAAAAAGAUUUAAGUAUCCUAGGAUCAAAGAGUAUGACGGGACCACCGAUCCAAUCAAUCAUCUUAAAGUGAUGUGCAAGGCCUUCCCGCAAAUUUUGACAAAUGCUGCUAGGGAUUGGUUCUCGACCUUAGAGGCCAACUCCAUAGCCUCAUUCUCAAAUUUGGCGGGCAAGUUCUCUGCUUUCUUCGCAAGCAAUAAACGCAUCAAGAAGACAGCGGCUUCCCUCAUGCAACUUAGACAAGGGCAAAAUGAGACCCUACGUGACUUCAUGACCAGGUUCAACAAGGAAAGACUUCAGAUUCCCGACCUACAUAUAACUGUAGCAGUUUCUGCCCUCACAUAUGCUAUAAAGUGUGAGGCUUUCAAGAUGUCAUUAUCCAAAACUCCGUCAAAGACAGUGACCGAGCUUCUUACCCGAGCCGAGAAGUACAUAAAUAUGGAGGAAACAUUGAACCUGAGAAAGGUUGGACCAUCCCAUGAUAGGGUCGAACAUGAACGACAGCACGACCCGAACCCCCGUCAAGAACCACCUCGGAGAAAACAGAGACAGGAGGUUCCCCCGACGUCAUUCACGCGUUUAAAUACGUCAAAAAUAAAUAUAUUGAUGGAGAUCAAGGAUAUGAAGGAACUCAAAUGGCCUGCUAGAAUGAGGUCACCACCCGAAUCCAGGGACAUGAACACGUACUGUGAGUUCCAUCGGGAUCAUGGGCAUACCACGGAGAACUGUAAGGCCCCUGCAACGGGAGAUUGA